AUGCCUCUACUGAAUGCCACCUCGAUCGCGGCAGUCCUGAUCCUGCUCUACCUUUCCUCGUUCCUGCUUUUGGCUAUACUGCGCAUUGCGACUGGGGUAUCCAUCCAAAGAAUUGGCUAUUUUAGCUUGAGACACAUAUCAUAUACUCCACGAGAAGGUUUAAGGAUCGAUCUUCGAGGGCUGGGCCUAAGUCCUCAUAGGCCAACGUUUGCGCAGCCUACAUGGAUCAGUCUAGUCUUCGAAGACUUGAAGGUGACAAUCGAUCCGGCCGUGUAUGAGAGCUCCCCUCGGAGACAUGACACAAGAGGUGUGGACGUACAACAUGCAGCGGAUGACAAGAAGAAAGAGAUCGGAUCAUCAAGGCCUGGCGGUAGGAGCAAAUUAUGGAAAAAAUUGACGAAUAUCAAAGAGUGGCUCAAGCGUAUUCACCGACAGAUCCAUAUUCUCCGCAUGUUUGAUAUCAGCUUUAUCAACACCUCUGCUGAGGUCGUCGGUGUUGGUUAUGUGCAGAUUUCCAACUUCCACAUGGCAGUCUACACGCGACGGAGGCUCCUUGACCGCGGCCGACUCUUUCGUCACAAAAAGGAGCCACUGGGCACCCAGAAACCGGCCGAAUGGGUUUUUGCUGUCCGUAGCGUUCUUUUGGGUUCAGGUGGUCAUGAUCCUAUUGAGAUCCUUGACAACAUGACUAUCAAUGUGCACGGGCUUCUGUACAAGGAACGGGAAGGCCUUCGGGACACGUCAAUCGCUAUCAAGGCUGGUCGUCUCUACGCGCCCGUUGAUGAAAUUCUUCUUUUCAGGCAAAGAGCACAGAAGAUCCAAACAGCGGCACAUAUCUUCCAUCCUUCGAGUCCGGUCGAGGGAAUUUCGCUCGAGGACCUGGUCGAAGAGCUUGACCAGCCUGGCAGCAGAGAAGCCUCGAUUGUACAAACUGUCGCAGACUCAAAAGAAUUCUUCAGCUCAGUAUUGCGGAGCGUACAAGAGAUUCAGAUUGCACUGAGCUUUGUCCGCAUAUCGAAAGAAAUCGUGUCGCUUCGGCAGGCUAAUCUCCCGCUCAUCGCGAACAUGGUAAUUCAUGAAAUCGGCGUCGAUCUGCACAGACUUGAUCAGAAUUCACCGUCUCACCGUACAUACUUCUCGAAAGACGACGUCGCCCAUCAAGCUCUGGUUGCGGCUAUUUCCAUCUCAGUCAGCUUGGACGAGGAUGAUUAUCAGACCAACAAGAUAAUGUACAUCCCAAUGGCCACGACCACGAUCAGAACGACGUUGCCAUCCAAGACCAUGAACUUUACGCAUGAAAACGAUGUUGCUGAGAGAAACGCGAAUAUUCUUUUCGCGAAUCUCGUCGUUACUUCUCCGUCUCUAGAUCUAGUGCCAUCUCACUUGAUGAAGUUGCUAGCUGUCGCACAAUCUAAGGCUCAGCCCACGCAUCGUUCUCCACAAAACAGACACCGAUUGAUAUCGAGACUGCUCCCGAAAGCAAGCAUAAAAUUUUCCAUCCAUGAGCCCGUUGUCAGGUUCAUACUACCUUUGACAAACUCAGCUUCUGGCGAGUACAACAUGAUUAUCUCCUCGAUCACGUCCAUGUCUUUGGACGUUGAGUCUUCGCACUCAGCCGGCGGGGAACUUUUGUACUCACUGGGUUCCAACUUCCGGGUCAUGUCCCAUCAGCUUUACUAUCAGGCAUCUACAGGCGUCAAGCACAACAUAAUCGUCAUGGAAGCUAUGGAAAUCAAGGCUCAGGUGUCUGCAUCCACAGAGAUUGCUGUCAGUAUUUCCGGCAAUUUGCGUACCUUCUCUGUACUCAUGGUACGCGAAGAGGUUAGUAAAGCAAUCUACAACAUUGUGCGACAUUUCAAACGUCGUGUGCCUAGGGAUAAAUCCAACGCCGCCAGGACUCCGUCAGCAUCUUUUUUGCGAAAACUGCCAUCGUGGAUAAUUGAGGCAUCCUUCGAAGGCUCUGGAUUUAGCCUCGAAACUGCUGGCGUAGAUUCUAGUGUAUCGAGUCAGACUCGAGGCGUUGCACUGGAGCUUGAAUCUUGGACGUCACAUUAUACUUCCUCUCUCCUGGACAUGGCGCGAAAAUCAGUUUCACGAAGGAAGGUUAGUGCCACUGCGCGUCUCGAGGAUCCGUUGUCGUCUGGCAGACAUCUCUCUCCUCCCACAUCGCCACCCAGACGUCGACAUGAUGACCCAACCGACGGACGACGUCUUACCUUGCAUGUCAAAGGCCUGGACGGGUACAUUAUCGAAUCUCUGGAUAGCUGGGAGCCAAAGCCGUUCACAUCCAUUCCAAGGUUCGAAGUGGCCUUCAGCACGUCUAGGGACCAACAAGGCCCGCUGUUCCACAUCAACUCCUCCAUUCGUGCCAUCUACCUUGAAUUUUCUCUCUACAGGCUCUACUCCAUAGGUGUUGCUGGCUCGAUCGUGAAGGAUACCUUUUUAGGUCCAGCUGCUCCUCCGGCGGAUGUACAUGCGCACCCGCCUAUUGGAACGCCUUCUGCUAAUAAUGCAAACCAUGUGCCUGUUCCUCUGGGCCAAGAGCUUUCAGUCUUCGAUAUGAAAGCGCAUUACAUUCAAAUCAAAGGUCACAUGCCGGCAGAUCCGCCAAUGAUGCUCCAGGUUUAUCAAGUAGCUGGUGGACGUCAUCGGUGGUCCGCACCGUUCCUGCGAGCUGACCUUGUCCGUUUACAUGCUGAAGCACCCUAUAUGAGAAAUGUUUAUGCGCGUAUCGUGACAACCACUAAUCUGCGUCUAGACCUCCGGCAUGCGAAGAGGAAAACUCAGCACGGCAUGAGUGAAGAACAUACAAUUGAUGUCUCUACCGAAUUCAUCCGCCUGGCUGUGCCACAUGGUUUGCAAAUGUACAAGAUCUUCGACAACUUCAUCAAUACUGGAAAAGCAAUUGCGCAAUUGGGCCACCGCUUCAAGACUAGGACAAACGAGUACAUCCUGAAGAAAGAGCCUGUUGGACCAAAGAAAGUUCCCCGGGUCUCCCUUCGAUCAAAAGCCCUGUGUUUCCAGCUUGAGGAUGAUCCUUUCGAAUGGAAGCUCGGUGUGAUAUAUCACGCUGGUCGUAUCGAGCAAAAGCAACGGCUUGCUCGUGAGGAUGCAUAUCGUUUGAAAGUGAAGAGGUUACAGGAGGAUCGCAGGCCGCGGUCGACUUCCAGGUUUCGAGGCAAUUCAAGCCGGCCUAAUUCGCCAGGUAAUAUGGAGCGCAACCCCCGACGUUCUAGAAGUGCAGAUCUCACACCUCGAAGACGGUCUGCCUCGAGGGGCAGACGGAGGGGAUCCACGCGGAUCAGAUAUGACCGUGAAGGUGCUUGCACAUUGUCGAGCAGCGCCAAGAUUCAAGCAGAGGAGGCGUGGCAGAGACUUCUGGAACACAAUUCGCGAAGCUGGAAAAGACGAGUGGACUGGAUGAUGAAGCUUCAGAAUACCACAAUGAGGAGCAUUCGUCAAAUGUUUGCUGGAGCAGAUGAGCCACCACACGAUAGUGGCGAACACGAAGCUAUCUUGGGAGUGCCCGAUAGACCUGGCCUAAUGACCGCCAUUAUCAGCGAUGUCCAUCUGCUUGUCGACAAGCCGUCUUUUCCAUUCUCUGAACUGCCUAAAUUCCUCCAUGACAUAGGCAAAGGAAUGCCGUACGACACACAGUACGCCCUCCUAGUUCCCUUAGGGUUGAGUCUUGACAUGGGCGAGGCGCGCGUCAUGCUUCGAGACUAUCCUCUCAAUCUUCUUCACGUCCCCGCAAUUCGACCUGGCCAACCUGCGCAUCUGCCUAGUUGGUCACUGAGAACAGAUUUUGUCAUUGCUGAAGAAUACAGAGACGAGGAAUCUAUCAGGCAUGUGAAAGUGGAGGUUGUGCCUAAGGGGCAGCAUUUUCAGAGUGGUGAAGAGAUCCCGGGCUUUUACAUCGAUGUCAGACGGACGGUGUCUCCCGUGAAGACGUUUUCAAAACCGGUUGUGGACAUCAACACUAGCCUACCAACGACAAUAUCCUGGGGUACGUCCUAUCAGCCGGUCAUUCAGGACAUGAUGAUGACGAUCGAGGGGUUCACCAAGCCAGAGAUCGAUCCGUCAGAACGAGUAGGGUUCUGGGACAAGAUCCGUAUGAGCUUCCAUUCACGACUUGUUGUAAAUUGGAAAGGUGAUGGUGACGUCCAAUUGCGCCUUAAGGGGUCUAGAGACCCUUAUGUUGUUACUGGAUACGGAGCAGGAUUUGUAAUGUGCUGGAGAAACGAUGUGCAAUGGUCAAUACAUUCAAGUGACGAUCCGCGUGAGUUUAUGACUGUUCGCAGUGGAGAGUACAUCUUGGCCAUUCCGGACUACAGCCACGAAGCCCGCAACACCCCAGAGCAGAGGGCCACCAAAGAGACAGACAGCAUGUCAAUCAGCAGCUCGCAGAAGAAUGCCGCAAUGUUCAAGAAGGUCAUCAUGAAGGUUUCAGGCAACGUCCAAUGGACCGCUGGACUCGUCUUUGAGCGUGCCUUGGACGAUGGAGGACGAUCUUCUGAUUUUAGUCCUCACUAUGAUGUGAUCUUGAAGAAUCCAGCAAUGAUGCAUGGUGUCGACAUGACAAACUAUGAUGCAUUCCGCGGCUUCAGAAGUCAACACAUACACCUCUCAAUCGCUAUUGCAGCUCCAUUCGACCGAGACUGGCUGAGUGCUGAUGCAUCGCCGUCGGAGAGUUACAACAGCGUCCAUCUGAGCCCCAGAUUCUUCUCGCACUUUUUCAAUUGGUGGUCUUUAUUCUCGGGAGUCAUGUCCUUACCUGUUAGACAAGGACCCCUGUGGCGAGGUGUGGAGAACUCAAGUAAGAAAUUUGGUCGGCACCUGGCUACCAUCAAGUACGGCCUUUUACUGUCGCCGCUCUUUAUUGCCCAUGUCUACAAGCACAAAGACGCCGAAGACUACCAAGAAGAUAUUGUCUCAGCUACAGGUCUGAAGAUCAAGAUUGACAGUUUCAUGCUGGAUCUCCACCAACGGAGAGAAUAUUUUGACACACUUUCAAAAGGGAAAUCUGAACAGAUGAGGACAAGCGCCAUGAAGAUCAAUAAAGCUGAGCUUGACUUCAUGCGAGCAGAUCUUCGAGCUGUAGCCGCCAGCAUAGCUGGAACUACAGCAGAGGAUCUGCAGAAAGCAACAGACGAAACCCUUUCGUCGUUGCAAGAGGUGUCACAUAAUAUUGACAUGUCUCAAUUCACCAUACCUGAUCAUGAUUUCACGUGGAUCGACAUGGAUGACUUUGUGGAGUUGGACUGGGUCUUGCCAGCCGAGUCAAACCCGGAGACCAAGAUAUUGCCUCUUGCAUUCACACCACGCUUUACUUAUUUCCGAGAGACUGAUCAUGGAGAUGGUGGCAUUCAAGGCGAUGAAUCUCGGACGAGCCCUUUCGGGGAGGAAGACACUCAUUUCUGUGUCAUGUCCCGUCACAAUGACCCACGAAAAGUGCAAAUGAAUCUUGUAGAAGGCAGAUUACAUGAUCUUGAAGAUAAACUGCAGGCUCACAUGCGUAUCAUGAGCGAUCAUGAAUUGAAAGUCAUCCGCGAUGGUGAUCAUGAUCAAGCAGUCAUGGAGAAGCAGAAAACAUUGGUGGCGCAACGAAAAGAGCUGGACAGCAAACGCAAGUUCUUACAACACGGUCUACAACAUUUGAUGCGCCAUGGAAAUCCAGGAGAGCAACCUGAAUCAGACAAGAGCAGCUCUCAUCGAAAUGGAAGCACGGCAACUUCAGCAACUGAACAGCUCGACGCUCAAAACAAUGGUAGCCCUCACGUCGACAUGGACGCACUAUAUUCCUCGGCUCCCGACGAGUUCGCCAGUGACUUUAACAAUCGCUUCAUCAUUCACAACGCUCAGCUCAAGUGGCACAACUCGUUGCGAAACAUCAUUCUUCGCUAUACACACCAAGUCAGUCAGCGUAGAGGGUUUGUUUACUAUAUGUCACGCCGUGCAGUAAAGUUUCUCCUCGAUAUUGUCGACGAGCAAGCAAAGGCAAAAGAGUUGCGACGAAAGCAGGAGAAAAAAGGCGUUCCGCCCGUUCCCGCCACUCCCAAUGUCAUCUCUCCUACAGACGAGAAGGACGAGGAUUCGGUUGUGCAAGACCGAAUCAACCAACUGUUGAGUGAUGCCAUUCGCUUUGUGCAUGUCGGUGACGCAGACCGAGACAAAAGUACUAAAGCAGAAUCUACCGAUGCUGCCUCGGAAAGGAGGCCUUCGACGGAAGAUCUAGGCGACAAGAUAGCAGAAAACUUCCAGGCGAUGAACAGCUAUCAUCUGCGUUUGAUUGCCCCCCAAAUACAGCUACAGAGUGAGAAGAACGAGAAAGCAGUAGUGCUUAUCGCAACAAAAGGCAUGCAGCUGAAAGUCGUGUCGAUCAUGGACAAGGCCCGCAUAUCAGACGACGUUUCCGGUCUCGUUCAACGCCGAUUCGCCCUCGACAUGGAUGGUGCUCAAUUCUUUGUCGCUACCCAGAAGACUCUCGCACAAUACCUCCACUUGUACUCGGGCAACAGAUAUGGUAACGCACCAGGCUCUUCUUGGCCGCCAUGGGUCUCUCUUGAAGCAAUGUUCGACUUCCACCUGGAACCUUUCGGCUUCCAAAGAGUUAUCCAAAAGACCUCGGCGAGCUUGCGGUAUGAGAAGUACAAUCCGUUACGCCUGAAAUAUAACGAAGAGGUCGAGAGCGAUGGAAGCGGCGAGGGCAAGAAUCCAUCCAGGCGUGAAGACCGGAUUGACCACGUAUGGGUUGAUUUCCCCAGAGUUCGUGCCCGUUGCGACUCGCAACAAUAUUAUACAAUGUAUAUCAUUGUUCUGGAUCUGCUACUGUACAGUGAACCGCUCGAGAAAACACGAAGCGAACGCCUUGAGAAGAUCAUGCUAGCGUCAGACUUCAGUGAUCUACGAGGAGCGCCGGAGAUCGCGCAGAAUCUCCAGGAACGCAUUCGCCAGCUAGAGGAGAUUAAACUACACUUCCAGAUCAACGCCAAAUACCUUGACAAGCGUGGUUGGCAGGAUCGGAUAAAUCUGGAAAAGGAUCUGACAAGUUGCGAAGAUGAACUCUUCUUCAUCAUGAAAGCCAUCAAUACUUCGCAACAAAGAUAUGACGAUCGCAAAUCCUCAGAAACUAGCGGUCUUUUGCGAUGGUACUUGAGCGCAUCUGAGAUUGUCUGGCAUCUGAUGCUCGACAACGAUCAACCGUUGGCAGAAUUCCAACUUGGCAAUGCUGCGUACGAGCGAGUCGACAACAAUGAUGGGUCCAAUCAUAAUGCGUUAGGAGUUGAACACAUUCGCGGUUGGAAUCUUUUGGCCAAUGCAUUGUACCCUGAGAUCAUUGGUCCUUACUACGAGCCUGGAGAACGGCAUCCAAGCACGAGACAGACACAGAAAAUGGUAGAAGUGCAGUGGUACAUGCUCGAAGCAAUCGCCGGGAUUCCCGUGCUCGAGCAAUUUUAUGUGACGGUGCAUCCUCUGAAAGUGCAGCUUGAGCGUGAACUGGGCAAAAAGUUGUUCGAGUAUAUCUUCCCCGGUGUCGGGUCGAAUGCUUUCGAAAGCAACAACUUCUCACCACUGAUGGUGCAGAACAUGGCACCACUUGAUGAGGGUAAUGAUCAAGAACUCGAGGACGCCCAAAACGCUCUGAUGUCGGAAACCGACCUUCGUGGGCCUAGCAUGGAACAGAAGCGGGACGCAUCUCCAGGGGAGAUAGCACGAAGGCUCAAGCCGACGUACCGCCUUACGUAUAAGGAAAAGGCCACUCCAUCCACCACGCAGCCCAAGUAUAAAGGACUGGGCAUUGGAUCUGAGCAUCAUAAAUUCUUCAAGCAUUUCAACGCGUCAAAUCCCCGAGCAGUAUUGAGAGAGCCAACACGCAAAGGCUCCUCAGGCAGUCUUCGCUCCAACAAAAAGAACAACGCCUCGUCGGGCAGUCUCGUGACUUUAGGUCAUACAGAAGAGAAGAAGCUCAAUAUGCUUCAUCGCACCACGAGUAGAGAGCGCGGUGCGCUCAUCAAGAAGAGCAGGGACAAGAAGGAAAAGCCGUCAGACGACCUGUCACAGAUGAUGUCCCGUGCAUCGAACUAUAUGACUCUUGCACAUGUCAAAUUGAACACGUUUAUCAUUUGCCUCAGCUACAAGGGCAAAGGAGACCGCAAUAUCGAGGACCUUCACGACUUUGUAUUCCGCAUGCCGACUCUUGAAUACAGGAACAAGACAUGGAGUAACUUGGACCUCGCGCUCAGAUUGAAAAAGGAUGUGAUUCGUGCGUUGAUCAGCCAUACGGGCGCCAUCAUCGGUAACAAGUUUUCCCACCACAAGCCGAACAAGAAGCAGGUCGAGCGGUUGAAGGAGAUUGCCAUGAACAGCACCAUCCCAAACAGUGAUAUCAACCUACAGCUGUCGAACACGAGCGAAAACACCAGUCUCUACUCUUUCAGCCAGGACAGUAAGGACGACGACUUUGAGUCGUCAGGGAUAUCGUUCCAGAGUCCAACGACGCGUGAGAACGGGCAUGGCAAGAUGCCGGCUUUUGGCGGAGCUGUACCGAGCCCACUGUUGCGUAGUGGCAGCUGGAGCUCGACUAGCUUGUCCAAAGGGCCCGUGUUGCCGGCACCCAGAUCGAUCCCGCCACCGACGACGCCAAGUUCGACCGGGUCGACGGAUCCUCCUCUGUUCAGACCGAGCACCGCGACUUCACAAGCACAGUCCAGUGGUGGUGGACAGAGACAUUCGCUCAAGGACACCAUCGGACGCCAUUUUUCGAGCGAGUCAUCCAAGGGUCGCGUGCACUUUGGACCGCUAAGUCUCGGCAAGAGCGAGAGCCACAAGGAGGGCCUUAGCACCGCAAGCCAUGGGCGUGACGGACAGCAUGACGACGGCGCGGAAAGCGACCCCGAGGGCCAUCGCAGAAAGGGCGUGCUAUUGUUGGGGAAGAAGGUGCUUAAUCGGCUAAGUUAG